CGAACCGCCUCCGUCUCUUUACGUGAGAAUUGUGUUCGUGUGAGGUUAGCUGCCGCGACUCUCUGAGUGAUAAUAUUCAAUUAUUCAGUGUUGAUCUCAAAACAAAUAUCCAUAAUGGCUGAUAGCGUUGCUGAAGUUGCUGCCCCCGUCGUUGAAGAGGUCGCCGCUGCCGAGUCUCCUGUGAAGGAGUCGGCCGCUAAGGACUCUCCCACCAAGGCAUCGCCUGUCAAGGAGGCUGCUGAAGAAUCCAACGGCACUGAAAACUCCAACAGCAAUGAGGAAUCUGACAGCAAAGAAGAGUCUAACGGCGGAGAGGCUGCUGAAACCAACGGACAUUCCGAGGAUGAUGUCAAUGGUCAUUCUGCUGAGGCCGACACCGAGGCUGAAAAACGCCCCGCUGAGGAGUCAGUUGAGAGCUCUCCUGCGAAGAAGGCGAAAGUGAGUGAAGAAGCAUCGCCAGCCAAGAAGGUUGCAGAAGAAGCUGAAGCCGUAGCAGCUGAAGAAGCUUCUGCCUAAUUAAUCCAUCUUCAUUCAUGGAAUUAACUAAUCCGAAUAAGUGGCUACCGUUUCAGUGUCUCGUUCUUUCUCUGCUGUACUGUUAGGUUAGUUUGUGUGAGUAGCACUAGUAGAGUUAACUGCGUUAACCACUCUUGUUAGCAACACUGCAACUGACCUGUUCUUCAUCGACUGAUUUCUUCCACCCAAAUCGGGGCUAGCUUCAUUCCUCGCAUCACUUCUCAUCGUUUCUUGAUCAUCUCAUGGGCUCAUCACCUUCAUAUCAUCUGUCAUCCAUUGUGCAUAUUUUUUUUGGUAUCAUCAUACUUCUUUUCAUUCCAUCCUUCUACGUCGAAGAAAUCUAAAACCGUCGUGAGCUAGUUGUUCUGUUCUAGCCUUAGGAAUGGAUUAUUCCUAGAAUUUUUUUGUUUUAUUUAGACCUCUAGUAUAGUCCUCGGUGCUUUAGCUAAAUGAUCUUGUUACACAUUUCCACGGUGUCAAUCAGAAGUACGAAGAAACUAUUGCUUUCUCGAUGUUGUUAAAUUUAUUUUUGGAUAAAUUUGAGAUGAAAUACUUUCAUAUAAACUUUCGGCUGUCUACUCUUAUAUUUCAGCGUAACUGCUGGCUAAAAAUCGUCCUAUCUCGUCACGGGUAAAAUUUUUUGUUUAUUGAACGGUUAAUGACGGAGUUACUAUGUAACUCGAUUACAAACGAACGGGAACUAUUAUUUUUGAAUAAAUGAUGUUCCAUCGAUGA